AUGAUGUUACACACACAGACCAUACCUACGGACCCGAAUGAGGAGAAACAGAGGUCGGGAAUCAAAACCGUUUUGAAGAGGUGGAAAGAGAGUUUCAAAAGCAACAAUUCAUUACAAGCGCCAAAGCCCCCGAAAUUACCAUCAUCACCGGCACACGGCAGUUGCACGUCCUCGAUAGCAUCCUGCUCGGAUCCCUCAAUUCCAUCACAACCCUCACGGCCAUCCUCACAACCCUCUCGCCCAUCACAAGUAGUCCCUAUUACUGCCUCUCAAGCCCACCGGAGACCAGCAUCCUCAGUCGCAAGACACUCCCACCGUCCUUCCAAACCAUCAUCAAUUAGAAGCUCUCUGUCACGAACGUCCCGACAACCGGUACAACAAACACAACGACCACCAGACCCAAUCUCAUCAAUUAGAAGCUCUCUGUCACGAACGUCCCGACAACCGGUACAACAAACACAACGACCACCAGACCCAAUACUCAACUUCACAACACCAACCACUCAAACCAUUAUUCAUUCCCCUUUUGACAAACGUAACAACAGAUCCUCCAUUUCUGCCCCUGCCCUCGCACUCCGACGACCCCACCUCGGUUCGCGGCGCGAUCCACUGCUCCAGGAGAGUACUGGAAAUCGUCGUAUGAGCAGAAUGAGCACUGGUAUUGGCCACGGUAUUGGUCACGGAAUUGGUAAUGAUCAUGGGAAUGGCAAUGGGAAUAGUAGUCGUAAUGGUGCGAGGAGAAGUUUGAAGCCACAGUCGCACUUGCAGUCGCAAUCACAGUCGACCCGGCCACAUGCAGCCAGUGUACCUCCAAUGCAUGCGAGUCUGAACCAGUCCAAAGUGAGGUUCUCGCUCAAAGUGGACAGUGUAAAGAUGAUGAGGGAGGAAGGGGGGUUUCAAAGGGAUGGGGGUUGGAGACGGUGA